AUGCAUAAGAGCACAUCCUCUUCAUCCCUCGGCCCCGGCGGCCUCGACUUGAGCCCAGCCUUCUUCAAGCCAAUCACCAAUGCCGCGCCUCCGUCUUCCACCAAACGCCACACUAAAAUCUCAGUGGUCGGGGUGGGGAACGUCGGAAUGGCCAUAGCCCAGACUAUACUCACUCAAGACCUCACUGAUGAGCUCGCCCUGGUCGAUGCCAUACCCGAAAAGCUCCGCGGUGAAAUGCUCGACCUCCAGCACGCCGCUGCCUUCCUCCCACGCACAAAAAUUCAAGCUUCCCUCGACUACUCCAUAACUUCCGGAUCCGACCUCUGCAUCAUCACAGCCGGUAUCCGGCAGAAUCCAGGGGAGACCAGGCUGAAUCUUCUUGAGAGAAACUUGGCUUUGUAUAGAAAUAUUGUGCCUCCGUUGGCUAAAUACUCUCCCGACUGUAUACUCUUGGUUGUUUCGAAUCCAGUCGAUCUACUGACGUAUGUUGCAUGGAAGCUUUCUGGGUUUCCGGUUAACCGGGUCAUCGGGUCGGGCACCAAUUUGGACUCUUCAAGGUUUCGGUUUUUGAUAGCGGAUCAUCUUGAUGUCAAUGCACAGGACGUGCAGGCUUACAUUGUUGGAGAGCAUGGGGACAGUUCAGUGGCACUAUGGUCAAGCAUAAGUGUAGGAGGAGUUCCAGUCCUUAGCUUCUUAGAAAGACAGCAAAUUGCCUAUGAAAAGGAAACUUUAGAAAAAAUUCACAAAGAAGUUGUACAAAGUGCAUAUGAAGUUAUAAACCUCAAAGGUUACACAUCAUGGGCCAUUGGGUAUUCUGUGGCUAGCCUGGCUAGGACCAUACUCAGGGAUCAGAGAAGGGUUCACCCCGUCUCAGUUCUUGCAAAGGGAUUUUACGGAAUCGAUGAUGGUGAAGUUUUUCUCAGCUUGCCGGCGCAGCUUGGUCGGAGCGGUGUCUUGGGAAUCACCAAUGUGCACCUUACCAAUGAGGAGGCAGAGCGGCUUAGGGACUCGGCUAAGACUAUUUUGGAAGUGCAAGGCCAGUUGAAAAUUUGA